UUGUCUCUCAUUAGAGAAACAUAAACUUGCUGUCCUCCAAAAAUUAACAAUCACUUAAUCAUGGUGAUGGCUGUAGUAAUGUUUAGAAUUGUAUGCUAGAUAUUGAAUUAUGAUUUAAUAUCUAAUUUAUAAACUACAUCUCUAUAUGGCAUUAUUUACCAUUUCUUUCUCGUUAUCACGCCUCCCACUCCCUUAUUUUCCUUCGUCCCGUCUGCAGACCCUCCUCCCAGUCCUGGGCGGUGGCAGCGCAACGUUGGUUUUCUCGCCUCGCCUCCCCUCUGCUUCACUUCGUGCUUCCGUGAGGACAGUUUUCUUUCUUUCUUUCAUUCCUUCCUUCGUUAAAAUGUCCGAUUCAGAAUGGAAAGUGAAAUGCGAAACGGAGUGGAAACUGCAGCAGCGGAACAUCGGAGUCCCGGAUUCCUUGGUGUGGAAGGCCGCGUACGAGAAGAAGCCUUUUAACAGAAACCUCCUGAAAAACCCGAAGCCGCAAGGGCUCUCCCACACAGAUCCCUUACCUGCUCAUGUACUUGAUGAAAUCACAGUGGCUCAAUUUGAACAAACAGGUGACUUCAUCGGGUGGACCACUUCUACUGAACACCUUCCUGUAGACAAGAGUGGCAUCCCUCCUGGCGCGGUAGUGUGUUACCUUCCAAUGUACAGCUGGUUCUCAUUGGAGCAGCGCAUUGACCUAAUGGAAGAGGGCCUUUGGGAAGAGCUGAUGGAUGCUUAUCAGCCUGAUAUCUGCAUCCAAGACUGGUACGAAGACAGUAAGAUUCAUGAAUUUAUAUACCAGUUGAAUGUCAAGCUGCUUGGGGCAGAUGGUGAAACGGUGAUUCAAGAAUACUCCCACAACCCUCAGAGUGACAGAGGAGAUGGAGGAGAGGAUUCUCACAGCUGGAUUGAGGUUUCCCACAUAUUUCAAGAUUAUGGCUCUGGAGUGCGCUACAUCCAUUUCCUGCACCGUGUCAAGAACAUGCGGAUGGUUGACUUUCAAAGCACCCGAGUUACAGACACCAGUGUGGUGGUGAAGCUGAGAGACUGAGAAUGGAAUUGUUUUAUUAAUGUUGCUUGAUAAACUUAUGCCAUGUCCUGAUGCAUUGCGGCUUUGAGUUUGCGCAAUGUAAGGGUGUAAUCACUGUGGGUAGGAAUUAAAGAGCACGCAGGUAUACAACGACUGACUUUUUU